UUCACGAACACGAUUCAACACAUCAUGUUUGCCGUAAACUGGCGACAUUGGAGCAUUGUUCCGGCCGUACAGAAGGAGAUCUCGGCCCAGUUCCCGGACCUCCCGCCAUUGCUGGACAUUGAGCGCAACCAGAGCCUUACCUUGAUGAACUCCCACUUCACAAUGAACGAUGUUCUGCCUCUGCUGCCGUCCCAGGUGGAAGUGGGGGCCAUGCACUGCCGUCCUGGCAAGCCCCUCCCUGAGGAUUUAGAGUCGUGGAUCAGCGGCGCAGGAUCAGAGGGCGUCGUGUACUUCAGUCUCGGCUCCGUGGCUCAGGGUCAGUCGAUGCCCACGAAGUACCGAGAUAUGUUCGUGGAGGCCUUCAAGCAGCUCAAACAGCGAGUCAUCUGGAAGUACGAGGAGGCGCUGGAGGCGUCUCUGACAACGUGCUAAUGCGGAAGUGGCUGCCGCAGCAGGAUAUUCUCGCGCAUCCAAACGUCCGGGUUUUUAUCUCCCACGGAGGACUCCUCAGCACUCAGGAGUCCUUCUACCACUCUACGCCAGUCCUCGCAAUCCCCAUCUUUGCGGAUCAGCCCAAGAAUGGCAUGAACAUAC